AGCGGACGGGGGAGGGAGAUGCUGCAGCAGCGGGAGCGGGGCGGCUCUAGUUGAUCUGGAAACAUCCACGUUUUAAUAUAUAUAUAUAUAUAUAUAUAUAUAUAGCUUCCAUCUCUUAGUCGGCACCGAGAAACGCUCCUUCUAAGCGGAUCCAUGCAACUCGGCAUGCUUUGAGCGGCUUCUGCCACCGCUUUGGAAGCGAGCGCGGGGCGCCCCCCCCCCCGGCCCGCCGCCUCUCCUGCUCCCAGUCCGGCUUCGCUGCGCCCACCAUGCCUGCCCUCCUCUUCCUGAGUUGCCUGACCUGCAGUCUCCUGGCGCGAAGCGUCCGCGGCGGCAGCCCGGGCGCGGCGGCGGAGGCGGACGAGGAGAAGGUGCUGCGGGUGCUGGUGCUGCUGCCCAAGGACGACUCGUACCUGUUCUCGCUGGGCAGGGUGCGGCCGGCCAUCGAGUACGCGGUGCGGGGCCUGGAGGCGAACGGCACGCUGCUGCCGGCGGGCUACCGGCUGCGCCUCUUCUACGAGGACUCGGACUGCGGCAACCGGGCCCUGUUCCGCCUGGUGGACAUGGUGGCCCUGCAGCGCCAGUGGCCCGACCUGCUGCUGGGGCCCGUCUGCGAGUACGCGGCCGCGCCGGUGGCCCGCCUGGCCUCGCACUGGAACCUGCCCAUGAUCUCGGCCGGCACGCUGGCCGCCGCCUUCAACGCCAAGACGGGCGAGUACUCGCACCUGACCCGCGUGGCGCCGGGCUACUCCAAGCUGGGCGAGAUGUUCCUGGCCCUCUUCCGCCGCCACCAGUGGACGCGGCUGCUGCUCGUCUACCAGGAGGACAAGGAGCAGCGCAACUGCUUCUUCGCCGUCGAGGGCGUCCACGCCGUCUUCCGCGAGGCCGCCCUCCACAUCGAAGACUUCGCCUUCGACGAGGGCGCCAAGUACGUCGAGGACGUGGUGCGCGCCGUCCAGGGCGGGGAGAGAGUUGUGAUCAUGUGCGCCAGCAGUGACGCAAUAAGGAACAUCAUGUUGGCUGCACAUCGGCAAGGAAUGACCAACGGAGACUAUGCUUUCUUCAACAUCGAACUCUUCAACAGUUCGUCAUAUGGAAAUGGUUCAUGGAAGAGAGGAGACAAAUACGACCUUGAGGCAAAGCAAGCAUACUCAUCCCUCCAGACAGUCACACUACUGAGGACAGUGAAACCAGAGUUUGAGACGUUUGCCAUGGAGGUUAAAAGAUCUGCUCAGAAACAAGGAAUCCAUGAUGAGGAUUAUGUUAAUAUGUUUGUGGAAGGAUUCCAUGAUGCUAUUAUCCUCUACAUUCUGGCUUUACGAGAAGUUCUGAAGAAUGGCUUCACUAAGAAAGAUGGAGAAAAGAUUGUCCAUCAGACAUGGAACAGAACGUACGAAGGCAUUGCAGGGCCAGUAUCCAUAGAUGCCAAUGGAGAUAGAUAUGGGGAUUUCUCUAUAAUUGCAAUGACUGAUCCAGAAACUGGGACACAGCAGGUUAUUGGGAACUAUUAUGGAAAGCAAGGGCGGCUUGAAAUGCUUCCAAAUGUAAAUUACUUCUGGGAACCAAAACUGAGAAUAGAUGAUAACCGAGGUAUGGAGCAUCCAAGCAAUACACCCUGCAAAUCAUCAGGUGGCCUAGGAGAGUCAGCAGUUACCGGAAUUGUUGUGGGUGCCUUGCUAGGAGCAGGAUUGUUGAUGGCCUUCUACUUUUUCAGAAAAAAAUACAAAAUAACUAUUGAGAGGCGAAGUCAACUGGAAGAAUACAAUAUCGGCAAGCACCGGCAAUUACGAGAAGACUCUAUCAGAUCUCACUUUUCGGCUGCAUGAACUGGAGAGAAAGAAAUUGUGGGGAAAAUCUAUCGAAAAAUGGGUCCUACCAAAGAUGGCAACAGAAAAGAAGAGGCUCAUUAAGGACUCGGCAUUUUAAAAGUAGAGUAAUUUUGUCUUAAUUUCUUUCAGAAACUCAGGAAUGAUUUACUAGCCACAUUAUGCCGCAUGGCCUUUUUCUCUUGUGGAAAGGAUAAUUACAAAAACAAAGUGGAGUUUUUUUCACUGUGCAUGAUACUCCUAAUGCUCUUUGUAUAUUCUAAAUCAGGCUGCUUUGGCCAGCCAUUUGUUUCUUGGAGAUGUGAACGGUUCUUCCUGAUGCCUUUUUUUUGAACUUCAGGUGGUCCUCCUUUAGCUGUAUCUCACACCAGAGUAAUUGUAAAAGAAAUGGGAUCUCAGAGAUAAAACAGCUACUUUCAUAGCAGGAGCAGAAAUAUGUUUAGUUUUUGGGGGCAGCAGUGUAAGGAAGGGAGUGUGUUAGUAGUACAAUACACACACUGUAAUUUAUGGAAAGAAAAUAGACAAAGAUUGGUUUUGAAGAUCCUUGAAGAUUUUGUUUUGUUAGUGUCGAUAAGACAACUGUAUGCCAGUGUUUCUGGAGAAGAAAAAAAACUUGGGUUUAAGCAAAUUACCAUUUAUUUCUACAAAGUUCUCACAUGUGCAACAUAUCCAUAAUAUAAAUAGGGACUAUAAAGAUCCCUGCAAAAUACCAAACUGACUGGCGCGGCUUUCCUAUUUUAGAACCGUUUUUUGCAAACGGUUGCAAAAAAACAACAGCAGCAGCAGAGAGGGUGGAAAUACAAACUCCCUGAAAGUAAACCAUUAAAACAUUGGAGGGAAAGGUUCUAGGGAAUCCUGUCAUUGCUAGGCUUCCAAUUGAAGUAGUAGAUAGGGUAGUACCCCAGUCUAUUCUGUCACCUCAAGACCUUAUUCCCAUCUCAGUCUGUUGCAUGUGGCCUAACUGCCACCAGUUACUGUAAUUAAGCUUCCUGCCACUGCCAAAGUUUUUUAUGGUAAUCUCUCUACAGAGGCACAUGCACAGACAGCUGGACAUUCAGUUCUGAUUCUUCAUUUGUUCUUCUCCUUUCCUACCAGCUUACCCAUUUCCUUCAGCCCUUGGUUGCUAGCACAGGCUUUAAAUACAAUAAAGGAGGUGAGAAUGUUGAUCUGUGCAGGAAAACCAUGGCAAUGGAGGAAUCUGGGUUCCUGCAUAAUGCAUCUGUUUUUGAAAACCAGGCUGUUACUCAGCAGUAUGUUCCAUUGAAACCUGUGGUACUUACUUGCGAGUAAAUGAAUAUUGUAUUAGGAUGCGAUAUAGCAUCCCUACUCUGGAAUGCUUCAGUAGGAAGCCAAAGCCCCACUUGUCACCUUUGAGACCCGAGUGUGGCCCAAACUAUGUAAAUAUUACUUAUUUGAAUUUUGUAUAGUAAAGAUAACACAAAACCUAUUUGUUGUUGUAUAAAAGAUGACAUUCCGGGUUACCAUUUUAUUUUUAGGUAUUCUUAUCUUAUAUUUUUCUAUUAGAAAAAGGUCUAUUUUUUUUUAUUUCACUUUGAAAAGUCAAGGUGAGAAUACAUUUGAAGAACUAUUUUUUUUAAAAAAACGUGAAUAGUAAUGAGCACAGAACUUCUUAGAUGUAAAUAAAAGUCGUAUCUUUAACUUUUGAAUAUUGGCCAGUCUUUCCCCUUAUGUUCCCAGGCAUUGCUGUUUUAUAUAGUGGCAAGAUUCAUAUUAAUAUUGUCAUCCGUUGUCUAGCAGAACUUUAUCUUAGCACAGCUUUCUCUAUUACUGAAAGGGUGCAUGGAUCUUUUUAACUACCCCACCCCAUACACACCUUUUAAUUUAUGUCGGUUUGAAAAAUGCUUUUAGAUCAGGUUCAUUUUUUUAAAGACUUUCAGCCUUCAGGGUCCUUUUCAUAUUGACUUAUCAGCUGAGAAACCCCAACAUACCUGCCAAUGGAAACCAACUGAGGUGGGCACUGGGAAGUAAAAAACAGGAAGAUGCCAGCUCCUGUGAGUGGCAAAACACUGGGCACUCCUAGCCAGUCAGCACCUGUACACUGUGCAUGGUGUUGACUCAUUAAACAACGUAUAAAGUUGCCUUAUAUCAGGUUUGAUUAUUGGGCAUCCAUCUCUGUAUAGUCUGCCCUGGUUGCCAGUAGCUCCUUGUGGUUUCCUAUAGAAAGACGUGUUUCCCAACACCUGCCACCUUAGAUCCUUUAAUUGCAGGUGACAGAGAGUAAAUAUAGAAUCUUCAGCAUGCAAAAUGUGCAUUAUGCCACUGAACCACACAUCCUCUUCUCCAGCUCUCUCUGCCACUAUCACUGUCCAUGUUGCUUCAGCACACUACCUCAUUGGCCACCAUUGAACACAGCACAUUGUAGAAUAUUCUAGGGCAUGUUUUAAAGUAUGCAUUCAGUUUGUGGAGGACAUUUAUUUGACAGGGCUUUACUGUUGCCCUCUACGAAAUUGUGUACAGAAACUUUAAAACACAUACAGCCUUUUUCCUGUGGCUACACAGUACAGAGGAAGACUUAGUAAUGGAGGACCAGCUGCCUUCAGGGAACUUUGCCUGUCAUUGCUAAUCUUUUCACUGAGGAAUCCCUGAUAAUGUCUAAGAAAUUGCAGGAUUCUUCAGAAACCAGUUUGAAAGCCACCUGUUUAGAUGGUUCAGUCUCAAGGGACUUGAAUGUGAUCUGUUCUGUAAUAACUUGCUGCUCUAUAUAUAAAUCAGUGUGUGCUUUAAAAAAAGUUUUUACUGCAUUCUCUUCAGCUUUUACAAUUUUUCAAUUGUAAGACUGCGAACUGUUCAAGGAAAUAAAAAUUGCCAGCAAAAACAGGUGAAAGCCACCUUUUUAGAUGAUUUGAUCUAAAGUGGACUGAACAGGUAGACACAUACACAAUAAAUAAGAUAGUAUAGCACAGGGUUAGCUAUAAAGUCCAACAGAAAUCAAAGAAAUAAUUGUGUACUGUAUUGUUGCCGAAAUCUACAAAUAGUACACAAAAGAAUGUGCUGAUGUUUAAUCAUAAGUACAAGAAUCUAAAUGUUCACUCUGAGCCAGCUGAAAGAUAGUAAGUAAUACUAAAUAUACAUUUUACUGAACCGUCCCCCUUGAAAGGAAUAUGCAAGCUUUCCAACUUUGUCCAACCCUUCAUGAUAUUCAGAGUUUUACAUGUACCAACAGAAGCAUGACCGAUAAAAAGAAAAAUAAACUUCCUCUCUUUCCUUCUUUGUUUCGUUUGAAGUCAGAUUAGCACAAGCUUAGUAAAUCAAAAGAGCCAUAUUUCAGCUGUUGCUCAUAAUUCAUGCUUCUGAACUGAUAGACAUCUGGUUUGCAAAUAGGAAUCUUCCUAUGAAAUAAGGCUUCUGUUUAAAAAUAAAAUUACCAUUUUUACUUUGAAAGGACAAAAUUAGAGAUUUCAUUAAAAUCUGAGGCUUAUUCAGAUUUUAAUUACUAUCUUCAUUAGAAUUUUAAAUGAAGAAAGAAGAGACUCAAAAAUUGGAUUCAGUGGCUUUGGCUUUCUAGGCCGCUUACAUUCUGCCAUUAGCUUAAAAAUGACGUCACAAAUUGAUUUCAGCUUAUAAUUCCAGAAUCAGUUAUGUGUCAGAAGUCAUUUUAAAGUACUUGCUACUUCACUAGACUGGAGGAACUGAUUAGGAUUUUACUGUGGCUGAACUAAUGCUCUAAUAUUCAAAUCUGUUGAUUUUGGAGUACUUCCAUGGGAUCAAGCAAUUUAAGGGACAGAGGCAUUUUUUUUAUUUUCACAGUUUGGUAACAAUUCUUUAUCUUGUUUUUUAGCAUGUUUAUUAUUACACAAAAGAUAUACAGGGACAGACCACAGAAUAGUGCUCUUCUAAAUGUAAGACAUCUAACUCCCAAACUCAUUCAUACUUAGGAUCUAACUGUGCAAACACUCAAUCCACCAAGUUCAAUUAAAAUCACAAUUGCACUUAUGAUUAUAUAUAAGGGAUAUGUGAAAAUUUCUCAGCCUAUAUAAAAUAAAGUUGAGGUUAGACUUUAUAUUUGCCAGGACUAAGCCUUAGAAAAUUCAGCCCAAAAGAUGAAUAGUUAGAUAGUUGGACUCACCAUGAGUUUCACUCUGGUCAUGGAGGAGGAAAAAGGGAGGAAAGUGUUUAACCCCGUCCUUCAGACAAAGAAGACUGACGUCUCAACUGUGGAGGAGGACUCUUUCAUCUUAAAAGUGUCUAAGAGGAAUCACGUUAUGGCUGGCUGUUGUGACAGAAUAAUUUCAUGCUUCAAAAUGUUGCCUAGGCCACAAGUUGAUUUUUGAAGGUAACAUUUGAUUUUGAUAACAUUCGAUUUAUAUACCAUCCUUCAGGGCAACUUAACACCCACUCAGAGCGGUUUACAAAGUAUGUUAUUAUUAUCCCCCCAACAAUCACCCUGUGAGGUGGGUGGGGCUGAGAGAGCUCUGGAAGAGCUGUGACUGACCCAGGGUCACCCACCUGGCUUCAAGCGGAGGAGUGGGCAAUCAAACCCAGUUCUCCAGAUUAGAAUCCUACCACUCUUCACCAAACUGGCUAUUUGGUAUUUGGAGCCAGCUUUUCAUCUGUCCUGGUUUGAAGAAAUGCCAGAAUAUCAAGUACCAUGACUACAGAUGGAGACAGUCUUGUAUCUGUAUCACCUCUAUAAGGUUCUCUAUGAUGUUGUACAUUCUAGUUAUACAGAGUUUUCAGGAUGCCAAAAGAUUCCAUUUAUUUGGAAAAUAUGUAUGCCACCAUGCCAAACCUAGGAAUUUCCAUGGGUAGAGAUGAAAUCAUGAUGGAUCCUGAUGAAACACUGAACACUGAGACAGGAAAACUAGCUCAUCUGGGAGAGGCCAUGGCACCUGACUCUUUAAAUUUAGUAAAUAUGAUGAUCACUGUCUUCCUCAUCUGCUUUCUUGCUCAAGCAGUCUGCCUCAAUUUUCUGAAAGCCCUGGACAUACUCUGCUGAGAUGGAUGUAAGAGCCCAAGUAAACAGAAGAUGGCAUGAGACAACUGAACCUUGUGUCACUUGAUAAUGUACUUGGAUAGUAAUGUCUGUGCAGACUAGAAAGUGGUUGUCUUGAAGAAUGUGUCUUGGUCUUCCUGCCCUGAGCUCAAGCCAGUUGAUUUGGCAAGAAGCAUGAGCUGCUGAUUGCUGACUGCUGGCCCUGUACCAUUUCAUCCCAGCAGUCAGCUCUUCAACUAGAUAGGCUCACAUGGUUGGUGACUUAAAUACAACCACAAUCUCAGAGACACAAAUCCUUGUGAAGCAACGGCUCCGAGACUCAACUGCUGGGCCGGUUUGCGGGUGGGGCGGGGGAGGCAAGUGGGGGAGAUGGCAUGGUGGCCACCCUGUGGUAAGGGGCGGGGGAAUGGCCAGGGGUGCACGCCCAGGACAUCCGGCGUGAGCCCCUGGUCUAGAGGCCUGCUCCCGCACCUUGGCACUUGGCUCGUGGUGGCAUCCCACCCAACCUUCCUUUUCAUCACAACUUUGGAGUUAGUAGGCUGCGGAUUGGCAUUGGGCACCGAUCCAUUUGGGGGGAAACAGGGCCCUCAGGCUCAGUUUCCCUAUUAUGGGGGUCCCCCAUAAGGGGUCUGGGGAGUGAGGAAUGGCCAAUGCAUUCCCAGUUGGGGGCUGUCAGUCCACCUUACUCCCAAGUGUAUCCCCAUGUGAUAUCCCACUGGCUGUCAUCCCAUGGUUCCCCCCUUCAGCAGAGGUCUUGAGGGGGCAUGUGGGUCAUCAGCUUGGCAGGUGGGUCAGCCGAUACUCAGAUCUGUGCCCUAUGUGCGCCUUCACUCCCUGAGCUGUAAUCUUAAUAAAGUUGUGGCCUUCUUUACCUCCA